GCAGCGGGACCGCGUGUCCGAACUGCAUAUUCCAAUGUCGCGUUGAACCCCAGACGAGGCCCGCUCUAGUCACAACGCCGCCUCCGCCGACUGUUGAACUUAAUUAAAAACUAAAUUGACGUUUACAUUAAAAAAAAUAAACUUCACAGUUAUACAGCAUGGGUGGAGCGCAGAGCGUGGACAUUCCCGGCGGAGGAAGCGAGGGCUACCAUGUAUUGAGGGUGCAGGAGGGCUCGCCAGGCCACCAGGCAGGACUCGAACCGUUCUUCGACUUCAUAGUGGCCAUUGAAAACACCAGACUGGACAAGGACAAUGACAUGCUGCGGCAGCAGCUCAAGGAGAAUGUGGAGAAGCCAGUGUUGAUGCAGGUGUACAGCAGCAAAAACCUGAAGGUGCGCGAAGUGACGGUGACGCCCAGCGCGCUGUGGGGCGGCCAGGGCCUCCUGGGUGUCAGCAUUCGCUUCUGCAGCUUUGACGGUGCCAACGAAAAUGUGUGGCACAUUCUGGAGGUGGAGCCCAACUCCCCUGCUGUCCUGGCUGGGCUGCGCCCCUUCACUGACUAUAUCAUUGGUGCGGAUGCUGUGCUAAAUGAGUCUGAAGACUUGUUCUCCCUGAUUGAGUCUCACGACGGGAAGCCUCUUAAGCUCUAUGUGUACAACACGGACACGGACAGCUGUCGAGAGGUCAUCAUCACACCUAACAAGUCCUGGGGAGGGGAGGGAUUGCUCGGGUGUGGCAUUGGGUACGGCUACCUUCACCGGAUUCCCACGCGUCCCUUCACCGAGUCCAACCCCAAUGCUGCGCUUGGCUACAGUUCACAGCGACUUGAGGGCUUCACAGAGGUGCAGCUGUCUGCUGGUAGCUCAAUGGCGAGUGCUUCGCCGGCUGCCACUGUCACUGCCGCCAUGACUCCCAGCACGGGUCUGGAGCAAACAUUGUCUGGACUGUCGCUCGGCAGCCCCGGAGUGGCGAUUCCGCCACCUCUCAGCAGUGUCCUGACCACAGGCUCUCCGACCAUGCCAGUCAUCCCUACCUCUUCUAAUGCCUUCAUGACAUCUACAAGUGUGGCAACCUUACCUGGAACCAUGCCCAACCUAAGCUUUACCAUGCCUCCACUCAACCUGCCGCCCAUCGGCCCAAUGUCUGCAGGUGGACCGUUUCCCUCGCUGCCUGACAGUUUCCUCCCCCCACAAGUGCCGCCAUUGUCGCUGGCGGGAGGCCUUCCCACAACGUUUCCCUCGCUCCCUGCUGGCCUGCCCAACAUAUCUAACAUUCCCAACCUAAGUUAUCUGACCAACAUGACGAACCUGCAGCUGUCCAGCACGCUUCCCAGCACUUUCCCCACCACGCUUGCUGGUGUUCCGCCCAUCGGGCCAGUACCUACGGUAGCGACGUCAUCAGGCCUCAAUCCACCCAUCGCAGCAGCAGCCAGUGGCAGCAGCUAAAACAUCUCAUUUGUCCAACUGUUUUGCCGACACACCCUUCAUCUAUAAAGUGCUUUUACGGUGCAUGGAACCAAAUCGGCAUUAACCGAUGAGACCGUUAGGUUGUGGUAGUGUUUAAGCCAAUCUUUGACUGACAGAUUAAAAUAACGCAUCACAAACAGCAGCAGACUAACAUUUAUGAAGGUAAGGGCUGUACAAGUCUGUUGUCUGCAUAGUCAUAUUUGGGCACAAGUAAAACGCAACUGGCCGCGUCAUUCACAUGUUGGCGCAUUUGCAAUAAUAUUUCAUUAUGGGAGAGAGUAGCGCUUAAUACGUUUUGUUUCUGUUUUAUAUCAUGUGUGGGCUCACAUCAAUCCCAGAAAUUCACAUUAUAAGAGAAAACCAACAAUGUUUCAGCGGUUGUAGUAUUACUGUUGUGUGCAAUUGGUGCACACAGACUGACAUACAUACUGUGAAGGCUUUAUUUUUUGGAGAGCUUUGUAGACUAUUAUGGUGUGUUAAACAAAGAUGUAUGUAUGAAGACAUACAUAUUUAUGUAUGUAUGUUCAAGAUGUAUGUCUUCACACAUGUUGAUGUUAAAUUCUUGUUUCCACGGAAGCAUUUUAUAUGAUGAUUCAUUGCAUUCAGCACAAAUGUACGGAGCUGGACAGUUGCCAAACUGGAUAUGAACACUUGUUAUAUAUUCCCCACGGAGGGGCAGCAUUUGCUGCUAAAUAGUGUAACAAAUUCCCCCACGGAUAGAAUCCUUUGAGCACAUUGUUAUACAUCCAUGCAGUUGCCACAAUGAUAACUGUACCUUGCACUUGGGAGGUGGAACAUGUUUUCCCAACUUCUUAGUUCUGCCCCUUACAAAAGGUCAACUUGGAAAUGUUAGAUUUAAGCAGUUCAGAAUCAGAGGACACUGCUUAACAAGAUGCCCAAAACUGGCUUCGUAUGUGCCCUCAGUAAUGUAUGGCAGGGAUUUUUCAGUUUAAAACCCAUCAUAAUUUAAUUAUCGAGUUAAGUUAUUUUAGAUAAACGUUGAAGUCAAAAUUCCACUGGGUAUUUUUGAGUAGCACUAUCAAAAACGGAAUUCCAAAAUUACUAGACUGAAUUGGUCAAAACAUACAAGUUGUAAAAACGUACCACGUUCAUCAUUGACUGCCUGAUAGCACAACAAUGUAUAAUAAACUCACAUUGUAGGAAAUGUCCCUCUAGAGUAAUUGAGACAUUGCCAUUGAAGAGGGGCCCAUUGUAAAAAAUAGUAGCCUAUAUAUAUUCUGUCAUGAAUGCUAUUUUGAUUAAUGUGGUGAGUUUUCAAUUUGUAUUGCAAUUGAAAUAUUUGGCAAAUUAAUAAACCCCAAAGGUGUACAUCCCUCUACUUCAUACAGUUGAUUUCAGUAUCAGUCUCUCAGCUCAGCAGCACUCGCAGACAUAGCAUUCAAUGGAUUAUAUUAAACAUCUCAAUCAAUGACUUGUCAGUUUUCACCAAAGUUUUUUGUCGUUUUCAAAAUUAUGUAACGUACGUUAAAACACUAGAUUCGUUUUAAAUAUAACCGGUGCACAUACUGCCAUCCUUCGUGGCAGCGGUUGUGACAAUGUCGGCAUCGUGGUUUGCUCCUCAAGGAUUGAAACUUUGUCACCCGUCGGUACAGUUUGCUCACACGAGGCUCUUGCUAGACGCUCUGCCUGUUUUGUCAGAUGGCGAUCCAAUGGCACUUUACGGAUCCGCGGAACGGAAUUAAAGGUGGCACUAUAAUAA